AUGAGUAUCUGUACACCUGCUGAAGGACUUUUCCAAACACACGUUACCUGGGAGGACAUCGAAGCGGAUAUGCAGAGAGAAUUUCAGACUGCGGCAUCGUUCGGACAGAGCAAAUCAGCAAAAAACAUCAGCGAUUGCAAUGUGAGCAAAUUUGAACGUUAUGGAUCUAAAUGUAGGUUUGGUGAGUGUGGCGCAAUGCCUAGGGACGCCUUGAUUGUCGAUAGUUCAAUCAAACGUCAUUUUCCAACCACAUCUCCUUUCCGAUGUCGAAAAAUUGGGAGGGGUCUUUCCUGGAAGAAUAAAGACGCAGGAUUCACCUCAGUAGAUUUUCCUCAGUUAUUCUAUAGACCAAAUGUGCAGUUUUACAGGCUUUCAAAUGCUUAA